AUGGCCAUUUGGCCAUUCAGGCGCCGGAGUAGCCGCAAGCGCUCCCGCAGCGGCGCUGCUUUCUCAGAUGCAGAGAGCACGCCGCUGCCUCACAACGAAGGAGCCAAGAUUGGCUCAAAAAAGAGACGCACAGAACCUCCCAAAGCUCCCAAGCUUCAACGAUCCAAUCGAACAUACAGCUUCUCUCCAGGACGCCAGGAUGACAUUCAUAACGAUCGAGACCGCGGUAGCUCGCCAGUCCGUGAACGAACCGGUCGAGCGAUAACCACUGGUAACCUGGAAGAGAGUACUGGAGGUUGGGACCGCACACCCACACUGCGCCCUACACAUCAAGCAACAAGAAAACAGAGAAGUAAGAGGAGGAAGGAUGAUCGUAACAGGGAGGCUGAAAUUAAGGCAAUGAGUAACUUUGAGCCUGUCCGGCCGGCUACUGAGCAAUGGAACUCCGGCAGGCCCAUGAAGAGAGAUUCCAAGCGAUCAAAAACCGGAGGGUUUGGCAAGCAACGGGCUGGCCGUAACUCCGACGUCUCUCUCCCCGUACCUGGUUCAAUUCAUUCCAGUCUCUCCUCCGAUUCUGAAUUGGGCUCAUACAGAGUGUCUGCUCUCGCUGCUCUUGCACCACGACCGACGCUUCGCUAUACACCGAACGCGCGAUGGACUGCCCCUCAUUUGCCGACGCCUCACAGACAAGGAUCAUUAAGGAAAAAGCUUAUGGAACAAGAGUCAAUUCCGGAGGAGACCUUCAGAUCACACAGGCGUAUCGAUUCUCUUGCUGACGAUCUCGACGCUCGUGAUCUCAGGGAACUCAUGGAAUUGGACAACAAACGACGGGAGCUCAAGAAGCAAAAGGAGAGACAAAGGAUGGAACGACGGAUUACACGACGAGCAGAGAAGCAGCAGGCAGAUGACAUCCAAGCUAGAAAGGCAGGUACACCCCCACCAGAGAAUCUGGAACGAGGUGUCCUGGGCCGUGAACUAGUCGGCCUUGGAAUUGAGCCUGCCUCUGCUGUCGUGGUAGACACCAAGCCCGAGGAUCCAGAGCCCAUGGAUAUUACCGAAGAUGAGAAAGAGCCCGAGUCUCCCAAGAAGGCGGAGGAAUCUUUCCAUCGUACUAAUACAGCCGCUUCUGAACAGCCAACUAUGGAGGAAACUGUCACAAAGGACACCGCAUCUAUACGGCCCCCAUCGGAGGAGGCGGGAAGUGUUUCGCCUGGCACGAGAUUUUCUGAUCUUCUACGAUCGGCCAAAUCUCGAUCUAGGUCAACCAUUCGAUCUGACCGAGACCGAAUGGUCUCUCCCCCUCCCGAGACAAUCGACGAGGAGGACGUUCAUGUCCCAAGACAAGGUUCCUACGACUCCGAUAGCACCAAGAAUGGCUUUGCCUCUAUCAAGGCAUUCUUACGAAUUGGCAGCAAGCGACAACGACACGCAGGACCAUCGUCCUUCUCCAAUACUUCCCGAGAGGAAAUGCAGGCAGCGGCAGCCCAAUCAAGAGCACAGGCGCAAGCCUACGCCCUCGCUAAGCUCGAGGGUGACGAUUCACCCAACUCUUCUGGUGGUAAUUACCUAUCUCGCAAGCCUAGCAGUACCGCUCCCAAGAGGACGCGAUCUCGUUUCCGAGAAGAUUUACCUGAGAUGCCUCUAUCGCCACCAGCUUCUCGUGUGCAAUCUCCUGAAGCUGAACCCCCGAUGCCCGUUCUCACCGAACAAAAGAUUCGAGAGAUGGAACAACUACGAUCCAUGGGUGUACGUUAUGACACACCCACUUCCGGCCACCGAUCUAUCGAGGCUAGUCGUCUUACUCCGUCAACGAUGGAACGAGUUCAUGUCUCGCCAUCUCCUGAGGCCGGCAUGUCUAUGUCUCUUGCUUCUAUCGAUUCUGAGGGAUCAUGGCUUUCAGGAAACGUUAGCGGCCGACGAGCUGCGAUACGUGAUAGCAUUCGACGUGCUAAUGAGCGCGAGCGCAACGAGAAUCAUUCCCCAACAAACAGUACAGAUGAAGAUCUCGAGAUCGUCGAGGAUGAGUACAUGACUAAACUCACCCCUGGAAGAUCCUCGAAUCCCGAUAUGAACGGGCGACGUUCCGGUGAGGGCCGCCCUAGUAGCGAUGAAGAUGAGAUCGUACAAGACGAUGGGGAGAUGAAGUGGGGUGCAGUUGGCUCCCAACCCCAAGUUGUGCACAGAUGGACAAUGAAGAGCCAUGAGGGUCUUCUUGAGAUCGAAUCUGAGGAGGAAGAGAGCCCGACAUCGCCUGUUUCUCCAUCGCAAGAGCUUGCCAAUGUCCAGGACGCUAGAAGCGUCAACCUGGGCAGAGGUCACGUACGCAACUUUAGCGCUGGCAGCGCCAAACUACUCGAUAUCACUCCUCGGGGAUCUGUUGAUGCCAGAGUGAGCUCAGAAAGGCGACGAAGCCACCACCUACCAAGCAUGUGA